UGUGGCCCCGCCCCUAACUAAUCUGAAGUUCGCUGAUGAGCUCCUGCUGAUGAGUGUCCAUGACGCGCCUCUGUGGAAGGAGAGUUAAGCCGUUAUCGGACUUUUUUUUUAAUGUUUUUCUUUCAUCUUCAGACCGCCGUUCAACCAAACAGGACUUUUUUAUCCAUAAAACCGAGAGUGGUUCAGUUCACAGCGGGAUUAAGGUCUGUCGGGAUUUAAAAGACCUGUCCUGUUGUUGGGAAAAGUUCGGUGGAAAGAGUCGGCAUGUCGGGGAUGAGUUGCGCUGCGUAAAAACCAGUCUGACCAGCUUUGCGGGAAGUUUCUACAGCUGCUCUGACUGCCUCACAGCUAAACCAAAGUUUCUCCGCACAUCUGAAGUGACUGCCGCUUCCCAAAAAUGGCAGGUCUGAGCAAUGUCCACAUGAAAACCCUGGAGGACCUGACGCUGGACUCUGGAUACGGGGCGGGGGACUCCUGUAAGUCCCUCAGCCUGUCCUCUUCCAAGUCAAACUCUCAGGCCUUCAUGUCGACCCCUCACCGGGGGAACUGGUGGUAUUACUCUGGAUCUAUGAACAGCAGGAACAACAGCUGGGACACGGUUAACACGGUCCUCCCCGAAGACCCGGAGGACAUCUUCUCCAAGUGCCACCGCUUACCUGAGCUGGAAGAGUUCCCCUGGUCUGAGGAGGAGGUGGCCAGGAUUGUGCGUAAAGUGGCAGAGAGCGGUGGGGGUGCCAAGUGGGGGUCCGCGGCUGUCUUCUCCCAGGAUGCGGUGAGGCGUCUGUCCGCUCUCCUCCGCAGGGCUCUCAUCCGCAUCUCCAGGGAGGCGCAGCGCCUCAGCGUCAUGCACUGCAGAUGCACGCGGUUCGAGGUGCAAAGCGCCAUGAGGCUCGUUCUCAGCUGGGCCCUGGCGGACCACUGCGUCUCCGCCACCGUCAAAGCCAUCUCCAUGUACUGCAUGAGCGCAGGUGAGCUGCUGAGGAAGGGCAAGUCUGCCCGCUGUGGGCUCUCUUUCUCCGUGGGGCGAUUCUUCCGCUGGAUGGUGGACACCCGCAUCUCUGUGCGCAUCCACGAGUACGCAGCGAUCAGCCUGACUGCAUGCAUGGAGGCUCUGGUGGAGGAGAUAGGUUUCAGGGUGCUGAUGGCCGAAAGGGGUCAUUCGGGGUCGGAUGUGGGGCCUGGAUGCGCCCCAGUCAGCGCUGAGGCCCUGGAGGCGGUGGUGAACAAUGAUGCCGAGCUGUGGGGAGUCCUGCAACAUUAUGAGCACCUGAUCUGCGGGAAGAACGCCAAUGGUGUUUUGUCACUCCCACCCCAGUUCAGCCCCUACACAGAGAACCAGCAGACCACUGUAGACACCAGGGAGGAUGCUUACGCCCAACUGGAGCUCAGGACGCUGGAGCAGUCCCUGCUGGCCACCUGUGUGGGCAGCAUCUCAGAGCUCAGUGACUUGGUAUCCCGUGCCAUGCACCACAUGCAGCGUCUCAGCUCAAUGCGCCCAGGACAGAGCCCUGCCCGUCACGCCCGUGCUCAGCAGCCCGUGUCCUGGUCGCCUGACGCCCUCCACACCCUUUACUACUUCCUGCGCUGUCCACAAAUGGAGUCCAUGGAGAAUCCCAACUUAGAUCCCCCACGCAUGGCUCUUAGCAAAGAGAGGCCAUUUAUGCUGUUGCCCCCUUUGAUGGAGUGGAUGAGAGUUGCCAUAGUUCAUGCCGAGCAUCGCAAGAGUCUGUUGGUGGACAGUGACGAUGUUCGACAGAGCGCUAGGCUUCUACUUCCAGGACUUGACUGUGAGCCAAGACAACUGAAGCCUGAGUGUUGCUUUAGCUCCUUUAAGCGUCUGGACUCCAAAGCGGCCAUAGAUAAGUUUAACCUGGAUUUGGGUUUCCGGAUGCUUAACUGCGGACGCACAGAUCUCAUUGGUCAAGCCAUUGAUCUACUCGGGCCAGAUGGAGUCAACAGCAUGGAUGACCAGGGUAUGACUCCACUGAUGUAUGCCUGUGCAGCUGGAGAUGAGGCCCUUGUUCAGAUGCUGAUUGAUGCUGGAGCCAACCUCGAUGUGGCGGUUCCACAUUGCUCUCCAAAGCAUCCUUCUGUGCAUCCUGACAGUCGACACUGGACAGCUCUCACCUUUGCAGUGUUGCAUGGACACAUUCCUGUAGUGCAGCUUCUGUUGGAUGCAGGAGCCAAUGUGGAGGGAGCAGCAGUCCGAAAUGGACAGGAGGCCACAGCAGACACUCCGCUGCAGCUGGCAUCUGCAGCAGGUAACUAUGAGAUGGUGACGUUGCUCCUGGCACGUGGAGGUGACCCCUUAUCAAAGAACCAUGAUGGAAAUGCUCUGACUUCAUCCCUUUAUGAAGACAUGAACUGUUUCAGUCAUGCUGCUGCACAUGGACACAGAAACGUGCUUAGGAAGCUACUGACUCAGCCCCAGCAAAUCAAAGAGGAUGUCCUGUCUCUGGAGGAGAUCCUAGCUGAGGGAGUGGAGGAAGAAGUUCCAGGGAUGUGUCCUUAUCUUUCAGCUCCUUCCAAUGGCACUCCAGCACUGCAGGAUGCUGCCAUACCCAAGCUCAGCAAAGCCAGGAUGAAGGCUCUGCAAGAAGCCAGCUACUACAGUGCUGAGCACGGCUAUCUUGAUGUCACCAUGGAGCUUCAUGCAAUGGGUGUACCUUGGAAACUUCACGUUUGGCUGGAAUCUCUUCGCUGCACUCAUCAGCAGUCCAGGACAGGCGCCACCCUCUCUCUUCUUAAAGAAUUUACCACAAUCCGAGAGGAGGACUACUGCGAUGAACUCGUCACCACUGGCCUACCACUUAUGUUCACUAUCCUCCGAACCACCAAGAAUGAUGCCAUUAUACAGCAGCUGGCAGCUAUUUUUAGCCAUUGUUUUGGCUCUGCACCACUUCCAGCCAUUCCUGAGAUGAAGGCAUCUCUUUCAGCUCAGUUGGAUCCACUCUUUUUGAACAACCCAGACAUGUCAGAUGUGACAUUUUUGGUGGAGGGGAAACCAUUUUACGGACACAAAGUUCUUCUGAUAACUGCCUCUGACAAAUUCAAAUCUCUGCUGGUGUCAGAUGGAAGACCAGGCAAAGAAAUUGAGAUCAGUGAUGUCAAAUACCACAUUUUCCAGAUGAUGAUGUCUUACCUCUACUGUGGAGGAACAGAGUCUCUGAAAACAAACGUGCAGGACUUACUAGAGCUUUUGUCAGCUGCUAAUCAGUUCCAGCUGGUGGUGCUACAAAGACACUGUGAGCUCCUCUGCUCUCAGCACAUAAACCUCGACAACGCAGUAAACAUCUACAAGACGGCUGAGACAAACGGUUCAGUGGAGCUUAGGGCCUUUUGUGAGAGUUUCUUCCUGCAGCAGAUGCCGGCACUCCUGGAAAAGGAAGGCUUCAGGACCCUUUUACUGGGAACCCUCGGAGCUCGACAAGGGAAUAACUGCACUUCGCUGGCUCACAGCCGCAGUGACUCACCUCUGCCAGAGCUGGAGGCCAUUCUGGCUCAGCGUCUACGCUCGCUUUACAUAUCAUCUCAAGUCUGAAGAUAUGAACUGCUGUAAUGAAACAAGAUGCAGACAAGUAACAGAAGCAUGUGAAAGUUGCAGAGGAAGGUUUAUUGUAAAUACAGUCGGAUCUGUAGGGGCUACAUCCCAGGGCAGGUUAAACAGAACUCCUGACACGGAGGUACAGAUCAGUGGCUGAAUAUAUUUAUGUGUGCCAAGCAUCCCAUAAAGGUAGUUACUGUGAUGGGAACAGUACAUUUAUAGAAAGGUGGUUCUGUUUUUGCUUUUCUCCAAGGCUCAGGAAGCCUAAAUGGAGAGGCCUCUUAAAUGACAGAACACUGCUGCCACCUAGUGGACAGCUUUAAAGGCCUGCAUAAAGGAUUGCCUGAAGAAUGGGAUUUGCAGCGCCCCCUAGAGCUUAACUAAAGCUAUACAGUGAUCCUAGACUGAAAAUGCAGUGGGAGGAGGACUCAGUCCAUUCUUAUUCAAGAAUUGCUCUUUUAUAUUGACUGUUUUUUAAAUAAAGUAUGAGCAGAGACAUUUUCUGCUAAGUGGGAUGGACAUUGUCUAUUUAAUGAGAAAAAAAAAGAUGUGAAAGUAUUUAAUGGGGUGUACCCUUUUUUAUGUCAUUUUUAUUUCAAGCUAAUAUUUUAAAAAAUGCUACAGCUGUUUAUGCAGGCAUAUUAAUAUGCUAAUAUCUUUAUGUUUAACAUAUCUACAGCCAAAACAGAAGGAUUUGAAACACAUGACUGUUUAGAUGCUGAUUUGCGUAAAUAAACCACGGUUUUGA